CGCGUCCUCGCCCCCGCCGCCGCCGGUGCAGGAAAGAGCCGCCGGGCUCCCGCCCCGCCUGCCGCACCAUGCCCCGGAUAGAUGCCGACCUCAAGCUCGACUUCAAGGAUGUCCUGCUCCGGCCCAAGCGCAGCAGCCUUAGGAGCCGAGCCGAGGUGGAUCUUGAGCGAACCUUCACGUUCCGUAACUCGAAGCAGACCUACUCGGGGAUUCCCAUCAUCGUGGCCAACAUGGACACCGUGGGCACGUUUGAGAUGGCGGCUGUGAUGUCACAGCACUCCAUGUUCACGGCAAUCCAUAAGCAUUACUCCCUGGACGACUGGAAGCUGUUUGCCACCAACCACCCGGAGUGCCUGCAGCACGUGGCCGUGAGUUCGGGCAGUGGGCAGAGCGACCUGGAGAAGAUGAGCAGCAUCCUGGAAGCUGUGCCGCAGGUGAAGUUUAUCUGCCUGGACGUGGCUAACGGGUACUCGGAACAUUUUGUGGAAUUCGUGAAACUCGUCCGUGCCAAGUUUCCAGAACACACCAUCAUGGCAGGAAACGUGGUGACGGGAGAGAUGGUGGAGGAGCUUAUUCUUUCUGGGGCCGACAUCAUCAAAGUGGGAGUUGGACCAGGUUCCGUGUGUACCACUCGCACCAAGACGGGGGUGGGCUACCCACAGCUGAGCGCGGUGAUCGAGUGCGCAGACUCUGCACACGGCCUCAAGGGCCACAUCAUCUCUGAUGGAGGUUGCACGUGUCCGGGAGAUGUCGCCAAAGCGUUUGGAGCCGGAGCCGACUUCGUCAUGUUGGGCGGGAUGUUUUCCGGCCACACUGAGUGCGCGGGAGAAGUGAUCGAGAGAAACGGCCAGAAACUCAAGCUCUUCUACGGGAUGAGCUCAGAAACGGCCAUGAAGAAACACGCGGGGGGCGUGGCCGAGUACAGGGCGUCGGAGGGCAAGACGGUGGAAGUGCCUUACAAGGGGGAUGUGGAGAACACGAUCCUGGACAUUCUUGGGGGGCUGAGAUCUACGUGCACCUACGUGGGGGCUGCCAAACUCAAGGAGCUCAGCCGGAGGGCAACCUUCAUCCGAGUGACCCAGCAACACAACACCGUGUUCAGCUAACCUCUGCAGCGAGGGUCGUCAGCUCCAAGGGGGAAGCUUCCGCAUGCACCUGCUGCUUCCUCCUGCUCCAGCAGUUCUGGGGGGUUCCUCCUUUGCCUUCUGGGGGCCCAGGGGAGGGCCCUGAGGGAGCCCAGCUGCCAAGAACUUCCUUGUUCAAGUCACCACCUGCACCCUUUUUCUUUUUUAAAAGAAAAUGGUUUCACUUUCAUAUGAUGCUCUUAUCUUGAUGCCUGAUUGCAUGCUGGAACCUGCAUUUGCAGGAGCCAAGUCACAAAGGGGCCUUGGCAUUUUCUGCCACCCUGGCAAGCAAGUGAGGUGCCUGUUCCCCUUGGCUCUCAGUGGAUGAGGGAAGGGGAGCAAGCUGGAGUUGGACCCACUGGCAGCCUUUCCCUCUGGCUCUUGGUCACCACGAAAGGCUGAGUGAAUAGUACAGCAUGAAGAUUUGUCCCUCAUCUCCUGCGUGCCAGGCUGUUUGUGUGUUUUUGCCAAAACCUUUGCCACGUGCCUUCCAGGAGUCAUCAUCUUGGUGCCACUUCUAGGUCGCAUCCCUCUCCUGGGUUUUCAUUUUUUGUUUGGACCCAUCUCCUCCCUCCUCCCUUCGCAGUCUCUGCCUGCCAGGCCGGCUGCCUUGAAAGGAGGCGAGAAUGGUCCUCAAGUUGGGUGGGAUGCUUCGGCCAGAGGUUAUCCGCCAAGACGUUAGCAGGUGGUGUCCUACUAAGAGGUGGUAGGAGCAUUCCGCAGCAGGGCCCUCACGGGCAUGGGUGUACAAGCUUUGUCUUGGAGGUGAGUACACCCAAGAGGGGGCCACGCAGGACAGCUGGGUGGAUGGAGACGAGAGAACUGGCCUUGGCAGCUGUCUGGGCACAGUCCAUGAGGACUGGCCAUUUCCUUCAAUGCACUGAGCACAAGGGCUAGAGAGUUGAACUCGGGAGGCCCCGCUUGUUAGCAAGGUCAAAGAAGCAGGCAGAGGAGGAGUGUGUUUGAAGUGUGUGGUGGCUUUAGAGAGGAACUCCUUCCUGGUGGUCUCCACGAAGAGCCAGCUGGAACAGCUGGAAUGCUGAGCAGGCUAUGGAGGGCAUCCCAUCAGCCUGCACAGGCGCGAUGCAAGUGGCGCCUCUGCUAGUGUGACAAAACGGGGAGGUUUCAUGCUGCAGUCCAUGAGGCGGUUCACUUUUCAGACUGCUAGACUACAAAAACCAAGGGCAAGGGGAAGGACGGGCGAAACCUUAGGGCAGACUCGGAUGACGGUGCGCCAACAGUUAGCAAGGGAACUUCUUUCAGGACCGUGUCCUCCAUGCCCCUGCUGGUGUCCCCAGUGUCCUUUCUUGGUCAGGUCAGGCUCCUGCGCUGUGCCCAGUGGUCACCGUCAGGUGGGGAGCUCCAUGGGACCAUGAUCCCUGCAGCAAGACGUGCCACUUCACCCCUUGUGCAGGUACAGGCUUUGCACGCAACAACCUUGCCAGCUGCUUCAGCGAGCAAAGGCAGAUCCCUUGUAAUUCCAGGUUCUAGGGAGAUGGGAAGCCAGAGUUAUUGUCAGGUCAGAAGCACCUGAUCAGCAUGUGAAGCCAAGGCUCUGUGGGAGGAGGGACAGCUGCCAUUCCAUGCAUUCUCCCCUGGCAGAGUUCCUGCUGGAGCGUCCACCUUACCUGGACCACCAGAACCCUGAGGUUGCAUCUGGUGCCUGGGUGGAACGGGGACACCCAUGAGCUUGGUGCCAUUCACCCUGGGGUGGUGGUGGUCUUACAAGGUGGUUGCAAGGCCCAUCAUCUCCCCUCCCCCAGAGCAAACGAAUCUAACUUGUCCCUCAGCACUUUAAGAAAAACAAACCACCUUAGUUGAGAAGGCAGUUACAGAAAGGGGAUGAACGAGUUAUUCCAUCUGCUGGUUUACUGUCCAGUAUGGCUGUUGUGCCAGGCUUAAGCCAAGAAUGUCAUUCUACCUAGGUCCCCCAGAAGGGUGCAGGGGUCCAAGCAGGUGCGCCAUCCUUCACUGCUUUUCCAGGUGCGUUACCAAGGAGAUGGAGCAGAAGCCAAGUAGCUGGGACACUUAAGCCACACGCCGAUCCAGGGUGCUGGCAGGUGGUGGCUUAGCCCAUGGUACCAUGGUGACAGUCCCUAGAGUUUAGCAUUUUAACCUAUUGAGGUACCACCACCAUUGGACCCCCACACCUACCAGAUCUCAGGGGAAGCCAGAGUUCAGACACCAGACUUGCCCUCGAUGUGCUGGUAUGUUUAGCCCGAGGAGGAGGAGACCUUGAGGUGCUCUGCACUCCCACCCCCGCCCUGCCCCUUACAGGCUGCUGGGCGGCUCACCUGCCCACACUAACACAGCGUGUCAGGGUCCCAGCGCCGUGACCCCAAGGCAGUUCUGGCUGGAUCCUCCCCAAUCCCCUAACCUGUGCACACUUUGAUGCCAACAGAAACUCUAAUAGUUUCUCAUCAGUGGGAACCACAGCACACAAAUGCUUCCCACCCCAGACCACCUACACAGGUCCCAACAAGACCAUGAAGGAUAUGCCGAAGCUGCCACCGGGACCAGGGGCCUACCGGUCACAGUUUGCAAACACGUUUGUUGUGUAAACUGCUGUGGCUCGGACAGGAGACACAUGAACUGGACGAGCCAUGGAGCAGUGAGUGUGUGUGCCUUUAAAAACCCUUUCACCAUUCCCCCCACCACCUCUUUGAACCCAACAGAAGACAGACCCACUUGCAAUUGGCACUGUUAUUUUAUUAGUACGAGUAUACUGAAACAAUAAACUUGUACUGGUAUACAGACAAUUUAUUUAAAACAAUUUUGUUCAAAUUUUGAAUCAAACAUUGUUUUAUUAUAAUAAUGAAAUAAUUUCUACCUAGAAAACCUGCAAGCACCAUCAAAGAAAGGGACCAUAAAAUUCAAUAAACAGACUUGAGUGUAUCCUACAAAUAGACACACCACGAUUAGAAAAUAGAAUAUGAAUUCUUCCAUUUUUUUUUAAUAUUUGUUUUUAAAAAAGCUAGUGCAAGUACAAUAUUUUACACUGGAAUUACAGAGAGUAUGCACGCAUAUGGAAAAAAGUUCUCCUGUCACAAUAAAAGCUCUUAACUA